AUGGCUAGUAAUUUACGCGUCCUCGCCGUCCUCGCGCUCAUCUGCGUCGCCCUCUGCGCGGCUGGCGCAAACGCGCAAGCGAAGCCCAAGGCCAAACCCACCAAGGCGCAGCUCAAAGCGGAGCUGAACAACAUGGCGAACACCAUCACGAAACGUUACCCGCAGUACGCGAAAUACGCCAAUGACUUCAACAAGUACAUCGGCCUCGUGCUCAACUCCAAAUACGACUUCUCAGCCCUCGCGGACGCCACCAUCCUCCUCCCCAGCAACACAGAAGCCGAAGCCCUCGCUAAGAAGAUCCCCGCUAAGAGCAGCAACAUCCCCACCAUCUACAACAUCACGGCGUACCACAUUGUCAGCAGAAAGUACACCAUCAUUACCUUCAACCCGAAAAUGGCGCGUGCGGCAGCACUUCCACCCGUGGGCGCCGCCAUGAACCAGUUUGUCGACACCCCCAUUGCCGUACCAAGUCUCUGCAGCAGAUGGGGCGCCCUCACAGCGCUCAAGACCCUGUGCCUCGCGGAUUCCCCCUUGCUCAUUCUCCCUGCCGACAUCGGAGGCCUCACCAACCUCCACACGCUCUACCUGAAAUCGUACAGGGCACGGCAUCUGCUUCCGCCCUCCUUCACCCAGCUCGCUUCGCUCACAAGGCUGGAGCUGCACGAGUGUGAGCUGGCCGAGCUGCCAGACGCCAUAGGGAAGCUGAGGCGCCUGCAGGAGCUGUACCUGCUGUCCUGCUCUCGGAUCCAGAAGCUCCCUGAGUCUGUGGCAGCGCUACUGAAUCUGGAAGUGCUAGUGGUGGACAAGUGCAGCAGCCUAUUCUCAGUCCCCACGAGCCUCAUGCAUCUGGCGACGCUGAAGCAGCUGGAGCUGACCGGCUGUGCGCUGCUGAGAAAGGCUCCGAAGUUUUUGCCGGGGUCGCUGGAAACUCUCAGGUUGGGGAGCUAUCCGGAGGUCACCCAUUUACCGGGUACCUAUGCUCUUUCCAGCCUCACGACAUUCAGUUUGAGCAUUGUCAUUUUCCCCUCCGCAUUGUCAAGAAGCUUGUCUUCAUUGGAGCACUUGCGUCUGGUGUUGGCAUGUGAGGGCGAGCUCCCAUUCCCCUUGGCCGACCUGCCUCGCCUCCGCACCCUCGCACUUAUGAGCACCGGAGUCGUGAAGCUUCCAGACUUCUCCACCUCAACGCUGCAGGAGCUGCGUCACCUAGAGUUAUGCUUGGCUGAGCUGACGGAGAUCCCGUCAACCAUCGCAGCUCUUCACAAGCUCACCUACCUCGAGAUCAACGCUCCCAAGCUUCCCUCACUUCCCGAUUCAAUCGGUGCACUGUCGCGACUAUGCAAGCUGGUUCUGUCCAACUGCUUAGCGCUCGCGCAUCUCCCUGCGUCCCUCACGCAGCUGGCCUGCCUGCGUGAGCUGAGCGUGCACAAGGCUGCCAUCACAUCCCUUCCUCCCAACUUUGCCCGCCUCAGCCGGCUGCAGGCCCUUGACUUGGAGGGCUGCAAGCAGCUGGAGGCACUGCCUGAUGAUGUGGGCAAGCUGGAGCUGCUGGACCGUGUGGUUUUCACAGGGUGUGACAAGUUGCUCGACAACCAAGGCAAGCCUCGCCUCCCUGGGGGACAUGAUUCGUAUCGGUGGAUGUACUAUCACAAGUAA